AUGGAUACUUCAACUCCAUCAAUUUCUUCAUCAGAAACAUGCAAUAUGUUGUUAUCAAACGCUGAUGAUAUGCAAUCAAUCACACCAUCUGAAAUUACAUCGACGAACAGCAUGAAGACUUGUGCAGAAAUUACUAAUGACGAAUCUCGACGAAAAACUUUACUGAAGUUAGUCGAAACCCGUUGGGUCGAAAAACAGUUAGCCGUACUCGUGUUUCGUCAACUCUUUUCAGCUAUAAUUAUUGCACUCGAACAAAUUGCCAUCGAUGGGGAUGAAGAGAGUUUUUCCUUAUCACGUGGUUAUUUAAAAUCUUUAUUGGACAGUGAAUUUUGUAUACCAUUGAUUAUUGUCUCGCGAGUCUUCGCUGUAAUAAAACCAUGUGCUGAACAAUUACAGACAACAACACUUGAUUUAAUCAAAUGCUAUGAGAGCAUUGAACAAGUGGCCAUGCAUCUCAGCGAAAUGAUGCAUGAUGACCAACAAAUCAACAAGCUGUACGAUGAACUUGUAACAUUUACUAGUGAACACAAUAUUUCAAUUAUACUUCCUGGCCAAUAUAAAAAAACAAUGAAAGAACUUUUCUCUGAUGUCUAUCAAACAUUUGUGUCGAACACUAUAACAGAACUGUCUUAUCGCUUCAUGGAACAUCAGAAAAUUAUCGUACGCAUUUCUCGUCUCAUUCCUCUACAUGUCGUAUCUACUAAAUUCAAUGAACUCAAGGAAGUAAUUGAAUUCUAUCUCGACGAUUUACCUUCGAACGAUAUGAUUGUGAUCGAGACAGAAAUAGAUCUGUGGCGUUCGUAUUGGUCUUCACGCUCGGAGCAUGACCGACCGACUACUAUUGAACAAGCCCUCAAAUGGACACAUGACAUGCGGGCAUUUUAUCCAAAUAUCUGGCGACUACUCGAAUUGUUUGCUGUACUGCCUGUGACAGUAGCGAAUGCUGAACGAUCGUUUUCAGUAUUGAAACGAAUUAAGACAUAUCUACGUAACAGUAUGGGUGACGAUAGAUUAAGUAGCCUGGCUAUUCUCAACAUACACCAGUCAAUCAUCAAUGAUGAUGAAGAUAGUAUUCAAAUUGUCGACAAUUUCGUUCGACAGAAACGACGAAUUAAAUUUAACUAG